AUGGCAGUCAAAACUCCCGUCCAGAUUUCGCAAAAGGUCAUCGUACCAUUGAGCGUCCUCAUGGUAGCCGCUGCUAUGCUUUCCUUUCUCGAACAUGAUGGCGUGUUGAAUUUUCGCACCACCCCAAAGUUGUUCACGACGAGUCGUGUGCCGACGGGCGAGCAUUUCCUCUCCUAUCGCCAACGAACUGCCCCGAUGUGGAUAUAUCGCGGUCUACACGCCAUUCCCGCCAUCAUUUGGAGCAUUGGCAUGCCGCUACAGCAUGUGGAUAGCCUUCGCAAGAAAUGGCCCGUCUUGCACCGGACGGCUGGUUAUGUGCUCCUCUCGCUCUCGCUCCUUCUGAGCAUCACAGGCUACUGGUUCUUCAUUUCAAAAAAUGCCUACAGCCACGAGAACUUUUUCCACAUGCACAACUUCAACGGCGUGUCGCCCAUUCCGUGGCCAACCUUUGAAUUCUCAACCUGGCUCUUGGCACCAUUUUACUGGCUUACCAUGUAUAAAACCGCCGUGACUGCGCGCGCCAGGAAUUUCGUGCAGCAUAGGAAGUGGGCUGUGUUGCACACGAUAUGUGCUUCUGUCAUCGCCGCCGAACGGCUCGGCCUGGUCACGUUGUACGCCAUUGGUUUCGGCAUGGCGCGUCUGCCACAGGCAGUGGUGCAUGACUUUUUCGGCGUGGGGUACACAGUCGAGGAAAUGGCAGAGGCAGAAAUGGGCGUGUUUGCGUUCGCGAAUGUGCUGGCUUUGGUGUUUGUCCUUUCCUGGCUAUACUACGAAUUUGGGCGCGCUGGAUACUUUGGCAAAGUGGAAGUUAAAGAUUCUUCGGUAAGCGGCAUGUCAAAUAGUACAAAAAGGAUAAAGUCAUUAUAG